UGAUUGAUUUGACCUUCAAUAAAAAAAGCCUCGUGGCUGUUGAAUGGCAGAGCAGAUAUUCAUUCCUAAGGCCAAAACCAUGGACAAUUGAACAUAAAAGAAGAAGAGAGAGAGAAGAAGAAGAAUUGGGGUGGAUUUUUCAUGGAGAACAGCAAACAUGGCCUUCUCUCUGUAAAACAUGAGGAGCUCUGGUCCGAUUCGGAUAGUUUUGAAGCCAAAAACUGUGAGUUUUUCAGGCGAGUUGGUCGCGGUUUUAGAGAGAGAAUUGAUGGGGUAUGUGAUAACGCUUCUUAUGCUUGGGAAUUUGCAAAGGCAGAUCCAAGAAGAGUGAUUUUUGGAGCUAAGAUGGGUUUGGCUUUGGCCACUGUUUGUUUGAUUGGUUUCUUUGAUGUGCCAUUAAUGGAUCUCUCGAGCUUUGUGACUUGGGGUAUCUUCGCAGUCGUUGCUGUUUUCGAGUUCAGCAUAGGAGCAACAUUGAGCAGAGGUUUCACCUUGUGCUUAGGAACUGUAUUAGCUGGAAUUCUGGCUCUCGGCCUUUCGGAGCUUGCAGCACUCAUGGGAGAUUGGGAAGAAGUACUAGUUGCUUUCAUUUUCCUCAUAGGCUCAUCAGUCACCUUCAUGAAGAUAUCUCCAAAGUUUAAAUCCUAUGAUCUGGGCUUUAGACUGUUCUUGCUCACGUUUAUCUCGGUAAUGGUCUCUGCUUAUCGAAAGAGGACAUUUUUAGAAACAGCAGCUCAAAGAUAUACAGUGAUAGUAUUUGGGCUCUCUGCUUGCUUUAUUGUUAACCUCUUCAUCUAUCCAAUUUGGGCUGGAGAGGACCUUCACAAGCUCGUAGUCAAGAGCUUUAAUGGAGUCGCUACCUCUUUAGAAGGCUGCGUUGAUGGGUACCUUCAAGGACUGGAAAGAGAGAGGAUCGGUUCGAAAUAUCUUGAUGAUCCUGUUUAUAGUGGGUUCAGAUCAGCUGUGGAAUCGACGAGCAGAGAGGAUACUCUGAUUGGAUUUGCUCUGUGGGAGCCACCCCAUGGCCCUUACAAGAUGAUGAAAUAUCCAUGGAAGAGCUAUGCUAGAGUAAGCGGAGCUUUAAAGCACUGUGCUUUCACUUUAAUGGCGUUACACGGCUGCUCAGUUGCAGAGAUUCAGGCACCAUUAGAGAGGAGACGUGCAUUCAGCCAAGAGAUGAAGAGGGUUAGCACAGAGGGUGCUAAAGUUCUUCGUGAGCUUGGAAACAAGAUUAAGUCCAUGGAGAAACUGGGCCAUGAGGAUAUCCUCCUAGAAGUGCACCAAGCAGCUGAUGAUCUCCAAAAGAAAAUCGACAAGCAAUCGUAUCUCCUCGUCAACUCUGAGAGAUGGGAGAUAGGGACACGCCAAGAAAACUAUGAAAUUGGAAUGGACACUGAAUACAUGGAGAAUAUUAUUGGAGUGAAGUCUAAAAGUGAGGCAGUGCUUGGCUUAGGAGAACUGGUGUUGUCCAAGAGUUGGGACCUGAGAUAUUCUGCAGGUGCUGUUAACCAUGGGUCUCAUGUGGGAACCAAGGGCAAAGUUCUCCAUAAGAAGGUAUCUUGGCCUUCAAGACAUGCAUCGUGUUUCGAUGUAUUCGAUGUAACCAGCAAUCUGCAAGAAGAGAGAAUUUAUGAGAGUGCUAGUGGCUUGUCUUUGGCUACUUUUGCUUCUCUGUUGAUAGAAUUUGUGGCCAGGCUUCAAAACUUGGUGGAUUCAUUUGUGGAGUUGAGUGAGAUGGCGAUGUUCAAGGAGCCUUAUGAAAUCAUCUGAAAUUAAACAUGGGUUAUGGGACAGGUUGGAUCGGUGUUUCAGAGCAAAGAGUCGAAGCAUAUUUCAGAUUUGAUCAUUGGAUUUAAGUUUUUGGAUUAUGGGGAUUGAAUUUUUUUUGAGAGGGAUGAACUUCAUCCGUUUUACUUGUGAAAUUGAGGCUCGAGAGAUGGGAAUAUCUCAGACAGUGAAAGAUUUCAUAUUCUAAGGAAAAUGUGUUGAAAUUCGAAUUGAAGGCGCUUGCAAUCUUCAGCAACAUUGCAUCAUAAUUGGGGCUCUAUUCAUGAGGAUGAAUAUAAUGUAAAAUCUAAUUUAAUGUGACUACUUAGUAUUCAAUAAGGUGGACAUUAAAUUAAUUCUUGAAAAUUUAUUGGGAAGGUGAAAUAGACUUAGGCUUGAUUUGUGCUU